AUGCUGCCCUGUUUCUUGUUUCUCUCCAAGAACAUCAGCCCUUCGCUGGUGUCCCUGAGCAACGCGCGCCGGGGCUUCGCGCGCCUCUCGCGCCCUGGGCGCACUGCCCCCCUGCGCCCGAUGGCAGCAGCCGCAGCCUCCGGGAACCCAACCGGGCCCGCCUCCGCCCACUCCCGGGUGCGCCAGAACUUCCACCCGGACUCCGAGGCUGCCAUCAACCGCCAGAUCAACCUGGAGCUCUACGCGUCCUACGUGUACCUGUCCAUGUCCUAUUACUUCUCCCGUGAUGACGUGGCCCUGAACAACUUCGCGGGAUAUUUCCUUCGCCAGUCCCGAGAAGAGACCAAGCACGCGGAAAAGCUGAUGAGGCUGCAGAACCAGCGGGGAGGCCGGAUCUGCCUGCAGGACAUCAAGAAACCAGACCAGGACGAUUGGGAAAGCGGGCUGAACGCCAUGGAGUGUGCGCUGCUCUUGGAGAAGAAUGUGAAUCAGUCGUUGCUCGAAUUGCACACUCUGGCCUCAGACAGAGGUGACCCCCACUUGUGCGACUUCCUGGAAACUCACUAUCUGAAUGAGCAGGUGAAGUCUAUCAAAGAACUAGGUGACCACGUGCAAAACUUGAUUAAGAUGGGGGCCCCAGAUUCUGGCCUGGCAGAGUACCUCUUUGACAAGCACACCCUUGGAGAUGAAAACAAUCAGAACUAAGUAACCCACAGGCUGCCCUCCUCACUGCCCAGGCUGUGACAAGACCCAGUCCGCAGACUCCUGCUUUCUUGCCCUUAAAAUGAACCUCUAUCUUUAUACACCAUAAUGCUGUUCCAAUAAAGUGACUUGCAGAGAAAAG